AUGCAUCGCCUUUUAGUAAGUUUCUCCCUUUUUUCUCUUCUCCUCAUUUUUUCCUCGGCCCAUAAAAUCACCCUAUCCCUCUCCUCUGCCGUAGCGCCACCACUCAACAACCCAUGGCAGAAGCUCAACCAACUCGCAAUUGCAUCUCUAACAAGAGCCCACCACCUCAAACACCCAAAAACCAACGUUUCAGUCACCAAAACACCCCUAUUUCCCCGGAGCUACGGCGGCUACUCUGUCUCUCUCAGCUUCGGAACUCCGCCGCAGACUAUGUCCUUUGUCAUGGACACGGGUAGUAGCCUAGUCUGGUUCCCAUGCACACACAGGUACAAAUGCAGUUCCUGCAAUUUUCCUAACAUAAAUUCUAUGAAUAUAUCAAGGUUUAUACCAAAAUCGUCAUCUUCUGCGAAGAUUUUGGGCUGUCAAAACUCGAAAUGUGGAUUGGUUUACCCCAAUCUUGAAUGUAAACAAUGUGACAAAAAUUCCACCAGUUGUACUGAAACUUGUCCACCGUAUAUAAUUCAGUACGGUUCUGGAUCAACCGGUGGGCUAUUAUUGUCGGAAACUCUAGUUUUCCCCAAAACAUCUGUGGAUAAUUUCAUGGUCGGCUGCUCCGUAUUCUCAUCCCGGCAGCCUUCGGGCAUUGCAGGAUUUGGUCGUGGGCCGGAGUCACUGCCAGCCCAAAUGGGCCUGAAGAAAUUCGCAUACUGCCUAGUUUCUCACCGGUUCGACGACACGCCGGUAAGUAGCGAACUGGUUCUAAUCAGCGGCGCCGCCGCCGCCACCAAUGGUAAUGCUACAAUCAAGUACACCCCAUUCCGCAAGAAUCCAGUGGCUUCAAAUUCAGCAUUUCAAGACUAUUACUAUGUAACACUUCGAAAAAUCACUGUCGGUGGAAUCCGCGUCAAAGUCCCAUAUAAGUUCCUGGUGCCGGGAUCUGAUGGACACGGCGGCACUAUAGUGGAUUCCGGCACCACUUUCACCUUCAUGGAGAAUCAAGUGUAUGAAUUAGUUGCCCAAGAAUUUGAAAAACAAGUGGGGAAACAUUAUCCCAGAGCUGCAGAUAUCGAAAAAGAGUCUGGAUUAAGACCAUGCUUCAAGGUUUCAGGUGAAGAAACAAUCAAUUUGCCUAAAUUAAUUUUCGGAUUCAAAGGGGGUGCAAAAAUGGAGUUACCCAUUGCAGAUUAUUUUUCAUUUCUUGAUGAUUCAGUGAUUUGCAUGACUAUAGUCUCAAAUAAUGGCAACAGUCAGGGGAUUUUAGUAGGGCCAUCAAUAAUUUUGGGUAAUUAUCAGCAGCAGAAUAUUUACUUGGAGUAUGAUUUGGAAUAUCAAAGGCUUGGAUUCUUGAAACAUAUUUGUAAUUAA